AUGCCUAGCAAGAAACCUAUAGAUGCUUCUCAAUCUAAGAAGCAUGAAAAGGUGAUUGAUUUGGAGGAAGAGAGAUCAGACGAGGAAGAUGACACUUUGGUUCAUCAUUUGAAACCAAGUGUUGCAAAGAAAACGAAGACCAGGAAAGGUAAGUCUGUGGCUGAUUUGAUGACCGCCAAAACCAGUAAGAAGGUUGUUGCUGCCAACUUCACUAAAAAAGGAGGGAUUCUAGGUCUAACCUCUAGAUUCCUGUUGGAGAAAGCCUUUAUCUUUGCAGAAGCAGAUAAUAAAGAUGCCUUUGAAGCCAUUUUUGCUCUACUUAUUUAUGGAAUUAUGCUCUUCCCAAACACUGAUGAAUUUGUGGAUGUUAAUGCUAUACGAAUCUUCUUAAUUGGUAACCCAAUACCCACAUUACUUGGAGAUACCUACCAUUCUAUCCAUCACAGGACUAAGAAAGGUGGUGGAACCAUUCUUUGUUGUGCAUCUCUCCUAUAUAAGUGGUUUAUUUCUCACUUACCCAGAUCCAGGCUCUUCAGGGAGAAUCCACAGAAGCUCAGAUGGUCUCAGAGGUUCAUGUCCAUUGAUCAAGGGAGUAUACAUUGGUAUGACCCCUACUAUGAUGUUGGAGUAAUUAUUGACAAUUGUGGUGAAUUUUCUAAUGUACCUCUCCUUGGUGUACAUGGGGGAAUUAACUACAACCCCAUCCUUGCCAGACGCCAGUUAGGAUAUCCUAUGACGGAUAAACCCGAUAACCUUCUGUUGUCAGGUUUCUUUUACCUCAAUGAAGAAGAGAGUUCCGGUCUGAAGGAUAGAAUCAUACAUGUUUGGCGCAACAUUCACAGGAAAGGAAAAGACCGAUUAGGAAGAAAGAAUUGUGUUGAUUUUGAUCCCUACACCCAAUGGGUUUGUGCUAGAGCCAGUGAAUUUAAGAUGCCCUAUGCUCUUGAGAAACCCUCAUUCCCUUUUGCUAUAACAUCAUCAUCCACCAUUCCUAUUGAGAAUAGGCAAGAGUUUCAAGAAGUUUUGGAUAGGUUGAAAUUGGAAAGAGACACUUGGGAAGUCAAACUGAAUCACCAGUACAAUACUCGAGCCAGUCGCCGAAGAAGGAUGAAUAAGCUUGAACAAGAAAACCAAGAGCUCAGGAAGGAAGUAAUCACCUUGAAAGAUAGUUUGGAAAGGCUUACUGCUAUGAUGGACACUUUGGUGGCUGCUCAGAAUCAGUCAUCGAACAAUUCUCAAGAUCCAUUGCAACGAACAACAAUCUCUGAGAAUGUCUCGACACCCAUUCCAAUGGUGGCCGUCAACGAUCAACAAUAUCAAAUGCCACCUGGUUUCCCUUGGGGCAUGCCUCACAGUUAUAUGCCAACAGGAUACCGCCCUCAAAAUGUUGAAGCUCCAGUAGUGACUGUUGUGAUGUUUGUACCUCCUAUUGUGGUGCAUACAACUCCUUAUAAUGAAGAAACCAUUUUCCACGCUGCUCCAAGUUGUGGGAGUAGAUGA